CACACACACACACAUACUCACACCUACCCUCCUCCAGCCCCACCGCCCCACCAUGGCCGCCUCCACCCUGUCCGUCUGCUCCAGCGACCUCAGCUAUGGCAGCCGGGUCUGCCAGCCCGGUGCCUGGGACUCCUGCCCCGACUCCUGGCAGGUGGACGACGGCCCAGAGAGCUGCUGCGAGCCCCCGUGCUGUGCCCCCAGCUGCUGCGUCCCGGCCCCCUGCCUGAGCCUCAUCUGCACCCCUGCCAGCUCUGUGUGCAGCCCCUGCCAGGCAGCCUGCACCAGCUCCUGCACGCCCUCGUGCUGCCAGCAGUCUAGCUGCCAGCCCUCCUGCUGCACCUCCUCCCCCUGCCAGCAGGCCUGCUGCGUGCCCGUCUGCUGCACCCCUGUCUGCUGCAAGCCCGUGUGCUGUGUGCCUGUCUGCUCUGGGCCCUCCCUCUGCUCAGACUCCUCGUGCUGCCAGCAGUCUAGCUGCCAGCCCUCCUGCUGCACCUCCUCCCCCUGCCAGCAAGCCUGCUGCGAGCCCGUCUCCUGCACCCCUGUGUGCUGUGUGCCCGUCUGCUCAGGGCCCUCCCCCUGCUCAGACGCCUCCUGCUGCCAGCAGUCUAGCUGCCAGCCCUCCUGCUGCACCUCCUCCCCCUGCCAGCAGGCCUGCUUCGUGCCCGUCUCCUGCACACCCGUCUGCUCCAAGGCAACCCCCUGCCCAGCCCCCUCGUGCUGCCAGCCCAGCCCCUGCCCCCCGUCCUGCUGCAAACCCUCCUCCUGCGUGUCCCUCAUCUGCCGCCCCGUGUGCAGGCCCGCCUGCUGCGUGCCCGUCUCCUCCUGCUGCGGCCCCGCCUCCUGCCAGCCCAGCUGCUGCCGCCCGGCCUCCUGCGUGUCCCUGCUCUGCCGCCCCACGUGCCGACCCUCCUCCUGCGUGUCCCUGCUCUGUCGUCCCACGUGCUCCCGCGUGGCCCGCUGCAGCCCCGCCUCGGCCCAGAAGUCCUGCUGCUGACCGGGCACGUCCCCCAGAGCCAGCCGGGCUCCAGGUCCCACCCUGUGACCGUGGUCCUCCCAGUCCCCUCAGUCCAGUCCUGACCUGUUAGGUGGCUGCCCCCACCCAGGACAGGGUCCACCCAGGUGUCCUCUGACCUGACCUCUGCCUCCCAGGAACCCUGACGUCGCUGCUCCCCAGCUGCUGCCUCCAGGAGGCUCCUCCAUCUGCCUCUGGGUCACCUGUCCUCUCCCAGGUGCUCUGCUCGGGUCACCUGUGGACUUUCAAGUGUCAGCCCCUCCUCGGCACCCAAUAAACUCCCUUCCUCACCUGA